CGUUGUUUUGNCGGUGACUUUCGUGAAGCGCACUCUAAUGUGAUUGUUUUUCCUGGCGUCACGAUUUAUACAUUCCAUAAACUGCUGUGCUAUUUGUACACUGAUCAAAUUCCGCCCAUCUCAGCGGUUAAAUGCCUCAAUUUGCUGGAAUUGGCCAACCGAUUGUGCCUGCCUCGCCUUAUCAAUCUAAUUGAGUGUCGCGUUAUUGAAGAUCUCACAAUUAUUUCACAAAACGAGACCAAUGAAACGGUCGAUCAUUGCCUAAAAUUGCUGGAGCCAGUCAAGUUGCACAAUGCCCAUCAGCUGGCGGAGUGGUGUAUGUCGUAUCUAUGCGUCAAUUACAAUGUUAUUUGUAAGUUCUCACUUAAGGGCUURAAAGCACUGCAUCAGGAUAAUCAGGAGUAUUUGCGCGAGCAUCGAUGGCCUCCAGUUUGGUAUCUAAAGGAUUACGACUAUUAUCAGCGCUGCAUCAAUGAGCUCAAUAAAGAGCUCAAACAAAAGAGCGCCGGGCGGGAUUUCCAAAGUGAUGACGAAGGUUGUCUGUGCUUCUCUGGAGUGUUCUCUUGCUGGCUGCUAGGUAAAUCUAAGCGGAACGGCGUSACCAACGCCAAYGCCAACGCACCCAGUGGUGGGGAGAGCAGUGGAGCAACGGCUGAGAAUCAAAUCUUCAAUAGCACAGCCAACUCGAUGAACCACAUCGACCUGGAGGCGGACAUUGAUCUGAAUCUCUGACACCCAGCCCUAGGACAUGGCAGAUCAUUGCGGUUUAUAGUGAUUCUGCCCGUCCUGAUAUGCUUCAUCUGUACAAUUUUGAGUAUUUUGAUACUGUUCCAAAUCCACACAUAACGAUCCACUUGGCGUUGUCUUUUGAUAUAUCGAAGCUCCGGCCAGAGAUGGAGAGGACAAACAGACACAUAAGCAUUCAUUUAAUUUGCUUUUCUGAUAUGCUUCAAAUAUGCCUAGCUAUAUAUAUGCAUAUAUAUAGUGCAAUAUACAUGCGCAGAUGUACAUACGUAGUGUGUACAGCUGGGGGCUGUAUGUAAAAGUUUGUUUUAUUUGUGCGCACUUUAUAAAUGCUGAAAUAAUGAUGGAACUGUAUGAUAAACCAAAUCAUGUGUAUACUUAUACUUAUGUAUUUAAAUUUUAAAUUCCAGUUUAGGGAAACAUUUGUCUAGCCAUAGCUUAUAAGCAACAAUACUUGACCUAAGGACGCAUUUUGUACAAAAUGAUAUAGAUUAAAGCCAUUAACACUAUGACAAAUAUAUAAAACAACAAUUUA